AAGUCAAAGGGGGCGUGUCCAAACUGUCAACUGUUCAAAGGACAACAACAACAAACCAAACGCGAUCGGACGGACACGGGAGCGAUCGGGGCGAUGAGGCGGUGAGUGCUCGUGAGUCCUCCACCAAAGUACGGCUUUAAAAACAAAUAAAGACCCAACUAGCCCACGGAAUACUUUUCCCCCCCGUUCUACUCGCAUCUGCAGCUUUUUCUGCCCUUGAUACUCCAAGAACAACUGCAUCGGCCGUCAAAACAUGGUUGGAGUCAUGUGAUCUGAGCCGUCGCUGAACGCUGCCUGUUCUUUGUGGGGUGCUCCGUUAACGUGGGAAAAUGGAGUCUUCCUCGGAUGAAGAGGAGGUGCACACAUUCGUCCAGGUCAUCAGUGACAAGUACAACCCAGACAACUUCCCCUACUCAAAAGGCCAAGGGCUGGGGAUUGUCAUGCUGCCCACUCCUCCUGGAUCCCCCGUCAAAGACCGGCUGUUCCUGCCCAGUGUGCUGGUGCUAAAUGACUGUAACAUCAGUAAGGCUGGAGAGAGCUCUGACAUUGCUGUGUUCUGUGGCCAUGUGGUGGAGCUGGACCUGUCCUACAACCAACUCAGCGACUGGGAAGAGAUCUCCACCAUCGUGUCCAACAUCCCAAACUUGGACUUCCUGAACCUAAGCAUGAACCCCCUGUGCGGGGCCCAUUUGGAGCCCGCCCUCGCCCACUGCUUCUCCCGGGUCAGGAGACUGGUGCUUAUAAAGACUCACAUCAGCUGGGGCACGGUGCACACACUCACACGACACACACCCGAACUAGAAGAGCUGUUCCUGUGCCUAAAUGACUUCAACACGGUGGAGCACUCGGGGUGGGCCUGCCCUUCAGUGCGCCUGCUGCAGAUCACUGACAAUCGGCUCCAGCUCUGGGUCCACAUCAGGAAGCUAGGCCUCAUGUACCCCGGCCUUACCUCCCUGGUCCUGGCUAACAAUUGCCUGCUGUCCGUGGAAGACCAGGAGGAGGCGCUGCGGAGGCUCUUCCCCAACCUGCGCAGCAUCAACCUCAACAACUCAGGGCUGAGUAAAUGGGAGGACAUUGAGUGUCUGAAUUUCCUCCCAAACCUGGUGGAGGUAAAGGCCCAGGGCAUCCCCCUGCUGCAGCCCUACUCCACCGAGGAGCGACGGAACCUGCUGUUAGCACAGCUGCCCUCAGUACUGCUGCUUAAUGGCAGUGCGGUCUCAGACGGAGAAAGGGAGGAUGCAGAGAGGUUCUUCAUCAGAUACUACCAGGAGCGAGGAGGACAUGAGCUGCCACAGAGGUACCACAUCCUGGUGUCUAAGUAUGGUGAGCUGGCCCCCCUGGCGGAUGUGGACCUUAGGCCACGCUGCACAAUCGUGGAGGUCCUGUGGGGGGAACGAGUAGAGAGCCUGGGCCUGGGGCUGGAGCAGACCGUGGGUGACCUGAAAAAGCAGCUGAGGAGCCUGCUGCAGCUGCCCAGCCAGGGGGUGCGUCUCUUCUACAUUAACAGAGACAUGUGCUCCGUGCUGGGCCCCGAGGAGAUGAAGUGUGGCAGCCGCGCCCUGCACUCUUACAGCAUCCGGGACGGAGACCAGAUACUAGUGGUGCCGCGGAGCAAGAGUCGCAGCUCCUCCUCCAGCGAACAGUGAGCCUCCCACAGUGAACCUGCUAACUCCACCCUGAGCCCAGCUGGUUCUAUAGGGCAUAUGGGCUAGCUUUGAAUGUAAUGUGUGACACAGGACAUGCACAGAUCCACUGCACUUGCACAGAGGGUGUAUGUUAGGCUGCUCAUAGUUUAAAGCAGUGAUUCUCAACCUUUUUCUGUCGCCACCCCCUUAAUAACCACCAUUGGCAUUCACAACCCCCAAACACAAAAGAGAGGCUACCUGCAAAAUAAAUGUUCAUUAUUUCCCCAUAUCAUCAUUGUGAUCAUGUGAUACCCAGGUUGAGAAGCACUGCUUUAAAGUACAAUAAUAUAAGAGCUAUAUAUAUAUGUUCCAUUCCAAAGUGAUAGCACGUUGCACAGCAGAAUCAAAUUAUAAUUAAUGAACAAAGUAGACAAGAAUAAUGAUAUACUACUCUGAUUAAUAUAAGAUAAAGACCUUUAUUCAUAAAUACAGUUAGCUGGAGAAAAAAUAGGUACAGCAUGCGGCUUAGUUUGAUCCUAAUCCUAAUUAAUGAUGACAGUACAAGAGGAAUACAUUUUAAUAUAAAUGUAGAAAUGUAAUCUCCAAGACUUCAAAAGUCUCAACAGUUUAAAAACUGUUCAACUGUUCAUUUAAAGUGCCUAUGACAGGUCAGACUACUUGUUUUACUAAAACACAGUUAAAGUCAUUCUAUUUAAGAUUUCCCAUUUUGAUUCAUGAUGAUUUAAUUCGGUGUGAGGGGCCAUCUGGAGGAGCCCUCUGUUAUAGUAACCAUACAUCAGAGGAGCCCUGGACACUUCUGCCGCCCUCCUCUGAGAACGGCUUUCCGCACAACUUACCUCAUGGGAUUCUGUUUUAUACUUAGUUCUAUUUACAGGAGGUAUUAUCCCAUAAAAUUAAAUCAAAAUUAGAAAAUCAUAAAACCUGUCAUAUGCACUUUAAUAUGAGAGAGAAGCUCCCUUGUGGGACUAUAUCUUUAGGUGGUCCUUAGUCCUUUGGUGGAUGAACAGUGUAGUUUGGCCAGUACCAUAGGAGCUCAACAUCUGAAUUUGGAUUUGGAGAUCAUCGGGUGGAGGUUGCCAGAGAGGUGAGUGUUCUUUGAUGGUGGAUCUUACUAUAGGACUUUGUGAAUCAAGAGUGAAUGUUAUGGCGAAUACCUUACUUCUCGGCAUGAUCCACGGUAACAAUGCUUUGUACAAGAAAAGACUUGAUAUACAAAGACUAGUAAAAACAAACUAUCCCAACUACUACAUCUACUUUUGAGUUGAGCUGGGCCCUUUCGCUCCCCUGGCUCUUGAAUGUGGGCCCCUAUCCCUGGAUAACCCCUGCAGCUCAUGUCUCAUCAUGGAAAGAGGAGAGUCAUGGAGGUUAGGGGCCCCUGCUCGCGUUACCACCUCCACGGCCCUACCCCAGUGUGUGUGUAUGUGUGAGGGGCCAUCCGGAGGGGCCCUCUGCUAUAGUAACCACACACCAGAGGGGCCCCGAACACUUCCGCUGACCCUUGCUGAGAAUGGCCUUCCGCACAACUUACCUCAUGGGAUUCUGUUUUAUAGAAAUGUCAGUUACUAAUUAUAUUUGUUAAGUGUGAUGUCACUUCCAAGUCUAUCAGCAGAUUGAAAACACUGAACAUGUUUCUUUCUUUUUUUUUAUAGCGACAACACAUCUCAUGUUAUUAUGCAAAAUCUUUUUUUUUUGCUUUUUACCAUGUUAUAAUGUUGUUCCCUCAUCAAAAACAUGCCUGAAAAGGUCCUUCAUCCAUGCAUGUUUGAAUAUUUUAGUGAUCUCUCCUGGGCCCUAUUCGAACCCUCCUUACAGUUAACUGUAAGAUUCUGUGCAAUGCACAACCCACAAGCCUAUGUCAUCUAUGCUCCCACAUGACAAUUCACCAUAAAUAUACAAAAUCAGGAUACAAAACUGUGCAUAGCAACAAACCCGAUGUGAUAUACAGUAGUUUCAUUAACGAGAUGCACUGUGUUGUGAUAGUGCUCUGGAGGAUGACGCGGAGAGCAAAGGGAGGAGACACGAGUCAAAAAUGAAAGGGAAACUUAUAAAACAUGUUAACACGUUAAUGUGGUGGUGAAUAUAGCAUUUUCAAAAUGAUAAAAGGUAACAUGGUGACUUAGGUACACCUGGUCCUGCCCUGCCCAUCCACCAUGUGCAGUUAAGCUACCUCUGAUGAGAGGCAAAUUAAUAAUAAAUAAAUCACAAAUAAUAAAUUAUCAUGUUUCCAGGGCGCUUCUGAACCAUGUUCACCACUUGUGGCUCAUUCAUGACAGUUUGUCUUGUUCGCAUCGCUCACAUGCUCGUUCAUGUUGUACUAUGUGACUGCUCUAACCAGCGCUUGAACUUAGCUAGAGCGGACAUUACGUAGCUAAAAGCCAAAGCUAACAUGAAAAAAGUUUAUUAAAAUAGGUAAAAAUCACCAUAAAAUUGUCCCUUUUAGAAAGCUCUAGGUGCCCUCAGCCAAACACGAACAGCUUGUGAUUACAUUGCGCUCCUUCCUUUCUGUCAGGAGAGAUUUUUUCGUUGUAGUACCAAUGAGUAGCCUCUAAACCAGCAAUACUCUAUCCAGUUAUUUUAGAUGUGUCAUCAGGAAUAGUUGUUUGAACCAGCCAUGAACCUCACUGCACGUUACUGGGUUAAACGUACAUUUUGGAAGAAAAGAAAAUUGUCUCUUGUUGAAUAAGAAACAAAACAAAGCUAGAAAUUAGCCGUGAGGUUUCUAAUUGGACUCGGAAGUGACAUCAUUACUUAGCAACUCUAUAACAAAGCUGGAAGGAUAUGGGUAAAACACACAUGGAUUGCAGAAAUGACGCUUUUUGGUCAGAUACACUGUAAAAAUGAAUAUCUACUCAUUUUUUUGUAAAGGAUCUCUCAAUGACAUAAUAUUGAGUAGCUUUGACUAUUUUAGAUUUACUAAAAAUGUUGUUAUUCGAUGGGGUUAAGAUAGCAAAGCUGAGGCUCUGUGCAGUGUGCACAGUGGUGCCUGAGCAGUAUUCACAGCUCCUUUUCUCUCUGGAGGACACUGCUGAGUGUAGAUAGGUAAGUGUUUGUUCCUCAGAGCUAAUGAUAACUUUUAUUACAACAUAAUAACAAUAAAAACAACACAACAAAAAUUAUAAUUAUAGUAAAGACUUGCUGAUUAUUUUUAUAAGUAGAUUAUUUCAUUUUAUGGCUUUAUUUUAAUAUUUAUUAUGCUUCAAAAUUAGCAUUAGUGUUAUCAUUGAGAUGAAAAUACCCAUCUUUCUAAACAAAUGAGUGGCCUCUGGUGAAGUCGUUAGCACGCUGUCAGUGACAUCCACUUGCAACAUGACUUGGCAAAAAAUGAAUAGAUAGAACAGGAGCGGAAAUGGCCCUGAAUGCUGCUCAAGCACUACUUUUAGAUAAAUACUGAAGACAUCAAUACAUGAAGCAAGAUGCAUGGAAUUAUGUAGCAAAGAAAGAAAUGUUAAAUACUUUACACAAAUGUUUUAUAUUUUAGAUCUAAUUUCCUCAAAGUAGCCACCCUUUGCUUUGUUGGCGGGGCUUUUCUCAAUGAGUUUCAUGAUGGAGUCUCUUAAAAGGUUUUCACGUCACAGCUGUGCCCUGUCAGGGUUCAUUAGUGGAAUGCCAAGAGUGCAAAGCAUUGAUCAAAGCAAAGGAUGAAGGCAACUUUGAAGAAUCAAACAUCUAAAACAUAUUUUGAUUUAUUUAACACCUUUUAAUUUACUAUGUCCCGUGUGUUCAUUCAUAGUUUUGAUGCCUUCAGUGAAUAUCUACAAUACAAAUGGUCAUUGUAACUCAUGUAGAUAUUGUUUUUAGAAGAGCAGCAAGAGAAAUGGCACCUCUCAAAGUAUGAAAGCAAUAACAUAUUUCUGUCAGAACAAGUGCCAUGGUAUUCUGGACUUGUGUCUUUAAUAAAACAUUUUUAAAAGGUGCACUAUGUAACUUUUCUGGUGUAGGGUACACCUGCUUGUCUCCAUGGUGAUGUCAUAUCUAAGUAAUUAUAUCUCCAUGGAGACAAAUGGGUUACAUAGUUUACUGUCACAUAAUUCAAGGCUCUUAAGUGUUCCAUUUUACUCACCAGUGUACUGAAAAGUGCUUUUAGGAGCACAAAUCUACGCACAACUUUAAAUGUACCAUUAGCAGUGUAAACGCACAACAGCCCUACGUUAAACAAAAAGCUUAUUCUGAUUCUGAAGUACAUUUGGACUACUCUAAUGGAGGCUGACAUAUGUAAUUGAGCUAAUCUCUGAAAAUGCAAAUGUCAUAGUGCAUUGAGAAGUUCCAUUUCAUCAUUCAUUGCUUUCAGCACUGACCUCUGGAGGUCAGCUGGGAUUCAUAGAACCGCUGUUAGAUGUAGCUUUCAUUUUAAUGAGGCUAAAAACUAUAGCUGCUACCUUCACAGUUGACGUUCAGCAAUGCUCAGAACAAGUGAAGGUGAAGUUAACAACACAAGAGGAGCAUCACAAUGUGGAACCAGGUGUUUCCUGGAUUAUCACCUAAUGACAUCAUAAUGUGGAACCAUAUGUUUUGAGCCCAAUUAUGCAAUGUCACUCAAACAUGCAUAAAUUAAAUAACUUCAUAAAUAUUAUAACAUUGUUGAAAGCUUACACAAAAAAUAACAACAGCAUACUAUAGAUCCUUUAAACAUGUGAUUAAUAAAAACAAACUCUUAACAAUAUUGUUUUCAGUGUAUCUUCAUGACAAAUAAUCUAGGACAACGGUGUCCAAACUAUGGCCCAGGGGCCAGAUGCAGGUCUCAGACUAAUUUUUGUUUGAUCCUCAGGCCUUCUGCUGAAUUGGCCCAUUUGAUCAUAGGCAGUACUGCAAAUUUAAGUAUUUCUACCACUACCACUUCAAUAACAUCACAUUAUGAUACAAGCUAAAAAUAAAUGUAUCAAGUAUUAUUAAAAGUACGAUGGCUGUUAAAAUUGCGUUAAAUGCAUCCAUUUGAAAAAUUCCCAGUAUUGGCACAACUCUGUGACCCUCCGCCUCAAUUUUUUUUCAAAAAACGUUUGGACAUCCCUGAAAAAUCUGAAUGUCUUUAACGUGAAAAUAUUGACAGUGAGUAGAAUUUCUGUGAAAAUAACAUGUACAUUGAGUAUGAAAAUAAAGUGCCAUGAGAAUUCCUCAAAGUGAACGUUACUCAGCCUUGUAAAACUGAUGUUUGUAAAUGCUUUCAUGUUUUAAUGCUAAUUUGUGGACUUUGAGAGAUAAACAGUAGGCCUACAUUGUGUUUUUGUCUUGUUUCAAUAAAAAUAUUGCAUUGGAAUGGAAGGGAAAGGGGUUGGUGUAAUCCUGGUUCUUUUAUUGUGUGUCUAGGAUUGGAUUGGAUGACUGUUAUAUUGUAUUUCUAAUGGACAUUUCAGGGAAUUGUGUUUAAUGUCUUCAACUCACUCGCUUUACCAAAUCACUCUGGACUAAAAAGCUAUAUAAAAAUCACAUUUGCUGUCUUUUCAUGUUUAUAUUGGGGACUUGAAUGCAGUUUUAAUAUGUACUGUAUACAAUGGUGCUUUUGACUUAAGAAAUAAAGGAUACUUACUGAU